GUUUGGUUUAUAUUAACGCAGCAGCUGACUUUUAGAAUAUUUAAUAAAAUUUGCGAUACUAAACAAAGCGUUUAUCGCCUGAUGUAGAAAUUUUACGCGCUUAUCAAGAUCUUUUAUUGAUUAUGAUAAGGCAAUGACAUGUCCAUACUGUAAUUCGACAAACCAUAUCGCAGGAAGAUAUUGAAAACAAAUUUCAUUUUGCUGAGUAUUAAUAAACAAAUAUAAACCUCGCCUAUUCAGAGACAAUAAGUUUGGAAUAAACGAAUCGAUAAACAGCAAGUGCUAAUUGCAAGAUUCAAUAAAGCGCAUGAGAACUAAUGAUUCUAGUGUAUAUCAAAUGAAUUUCAUCAUAAUAUAAUCGUGAAGAAAAUUGGCUUUUUAUCAAGAAAACAAAACGCGAUGAGUAAGUUAAUCACAAUAGCUGUGCUAACUUUGGUUGUUAUAGAGUGCUGCCAUGGGGAAAAUAAGGAUCCAUUGGUUUUCUCAACUAAUGAGUGCCAGUUAACAGAGCCCAUUUAUGGGCACAACUUCGAUUUCAGUGCCUUGCAUUCCGAUAUUGGAAAAGUGGCGAAUAGUUCCAAAGGUGAUAUAUUCGAAUACAAUAUCUGUGGCAACUUAAGUCGUCCCUGUGAUGGCAAAACCAAUGUAGCAGCAUGUUUAAGGAAAGCAGACAAAGAGCUCGUACUAGGCACACAUCACCAAUUGAAUUACCAUCGUGGCAAAAUGUACUUUGAAUUCAACAAUGGCGCCAAGUGCCCUAGUGGAGAUGGCGACUUAAAACUGUUUGUGUUCGUUGGCUGUGACUACACUUUGGAUUCCGUGCAAUCGCAAGUCACGCAAUAUGCAGACGAUGCUUGCAAAUUCUACAUAACGUUGGAGACGCCAUAUGCUUGUUUGCCGGAACCGGAUGAAGUUAAAUCGAAUAUGUGCAGCGUACAAGACCCUGUUAAUGGUCAUAAUUAUGAUCUGCUUUCGUUAAGUGACUUUAAUUAUAGAACAACUGAUCGACAUGGAAAUGCUUUUGUGAUAAACAUCUGCAAACCGGUAUUGUAUGGCGAGAACGCAAUGUGUCCGAUUGGUAGUGGUGUCUGCUUCAUUCAAUUAAACUCUACCGACUAUAAAAAACGGUUUUUCAAUUAUGGCAGCGUUCAACCAAAUCCUGUAAUAGAAAAUGGGCAGCUAAUCAUGCGCCUUCCAUCGACUACAUCCUGCAACGGAAAGGAUAAUUACACAUCAAUUAUACAUUUCAUAUGUGAUAAGGAAAAGAAAAGUGCUCAGCUGUCACUGGUUGGAGGUAAUGAGUGCGUGUAUGAAUUCUCGUUUAUAACUCCAUUGGCCUGCAAUACCUACCCACCUUGUACCACUAUAACACAUGGCAGCGAAGUGUUGGACAUGCGACCACUGCAGGGUAAAUCGUACACUUUGUCGUUGGAUGCAAAAAACUAUACGUUCGGCAUCUGUUCGAAUGCGGGUCUGCCAUGCCUGGUAAAUGAUGGUGCCUGCCUUGUCGAGAAUGCACAAACCACAACUAUGGGUCAAAUGAACUCACAAUUGCGUUUUAAUCAUUCCGGUUCACCGUAUUUGCUAUACACCAACGGAGCUCUAUGCGAUGCCCAAAACAAGUGGUCGACGAAAAUUGAGUUUAUCUGCGCCAACAAUGCAACAAAAGACAAUCAGACUACGGGCAGCAGCAGCAAUACCAGCAUCGCAAUGGAUCCGAAAAUAAUUGAAAAUAAGAAUUGCCAACUACUAAUUCACAUUCAAACGCCAUUGGCCUGUCAAGAGCAGAUUAACUGUAAAGCCAAAGUCUAUGUUGAGCAUUCGGAGGAUGGCACAGGCGAAGAAGUGUUCGAUUUGACGCCAUUGAUUAGUGCAACCGACAACUAUGAGGCCAAAAUUAAUACCGCAUCAAUAACGGAACAACAAGUGUCCAAAUCCACCAAGUUCUUUUUGAAUGUCUGCCGUCCGUUGGUGUCGAAAUUCGGUUUGGGCUGUCCGGGUGGUUCUGCAGCGUGCAUGGCUAGAGUGGAUUCUGCGUCAUCAACACCAGAAGAGGAGAAGAGUCUUGGCUUCCCCACAGCGUCGAUGAUUGUUUAUAAUCGUACAACCGCUCAGUUGCUGUACCUGCAAGGGAGCCCCUGCCCCACCGACAGCAAAGCGCAACUUUCCUCGAGCAUUGAAUUUUACUGUGAUAUGCGGGCCGGCUUGGGCACACCGAUUCUAGAGGCAAUCAUCGAUUGCCAUUAUCAAUUCCAAUGGGCGACAAACGUUAUUUGCCCCUCCCACAUGUGCAAUUUCAAUGAAGAAACAUGCGAAAUAAUUAACGAUGAUAUUUCCAUUAGAUACAACCUUAAAACGGCGCUCUUCGCAGACGAAGGCAAAGUAAAGAUUCCCAGCGGCAAUGGCGAAUUUACGCUCGACUUUUGUGGCACGCAUGGCAAGGCCGAAACGGAUUAUUCACAGGGUUUGGUAAAUUUGUUCUUUAGCGCGAAUACGCCGUGUGGUACAACAAAUGUACAGUUGCGCAUGAUUUGCAGCAACGAGCUAAAGCGUGUUAUCAACUACAACAAUGUGAGUAGAUAUUUAAUGCUUAAAAAUACUAUAUAUCUCUGGUACAGUAUAUUUCUCUCUAUUAUUGACUAUUUUAAAUAUCAAAUCUUGUAUGCCUUUUGA